UCCGCAUUCGACUAGUGCAGGUGAAGCGCGUCGCCCGUCAACGUUAGAAGAGCGAAAAACCAACCAUGGGGAAGCCCGACGCGCCCCCGCAAUGGACGGGCAAGUCCAUCCGCAAGCUAUCGCUGCACAGACGUCGUGUGAAUCCUAUGAAUCUAGGCUAUGGCUUGGAGCACAUUCCCUUCCUGUUCCUCUACGCAUACUCACUGUAUCAUUGCUUCCUGACUGCCGGCGAGCCUUACGCUCAGGCCAUGAAGGAGCUAGAGGAACAAGGAUUGACCAUCCCUGGCUCCGUGGACGUCACUACCCCUGGGGAGGACGGAGGCCUAGCCGCCGCGAUGUUGUCCCAGGGAAGCGUGCGUGAGGCUGCACCAGCCGUCCCCACGAUCAACUACACGGCCAUGUUGGAGCAGGAGAGGGAAGGGCCUCCGCUUCCCAACCCUUUCCUGCCUGGUAUCGUGCCUCUGCUCUACCUACUAGGCACAGUCAUGACCCACGGCCUCAUGCUGCUGUUCCAGAUCUGGUCUGUGCGUGUCAAGGCGUUCAUCAAGUACACACCCGUGACUUCUCUAGACGAAGCGACGUUCGUGAUGGUGGUGCCACGCUCCUUCAAGGGCAAGAGCAGCAUCGUCGAGAUCAUUCGUUCCAAGCACGCUGAUGGAUCUUCCGCUGGACGCCCGUACUUCCUGUUCCAGAAGCACAAAUACGUUGCUGAAGAAGAAGCAGGUGACAAGGGUGGCGUGUUGUUCCGUAAGCUAAAGGCGCCGACUACUGAAGUGGUCAAGUUCUACCUGGAGUCCCGUGGUCUGAGCUCUGAGCGUGAGAUCGAGGCCCAGCUGGAUCUGUACGGCAAGAACGAAUUCAGUAUUCCUCAACCUAACUUCGUCGACAUGUUCAAGCAGCAGUUACUGGAGCCGCUUACUGUGUUCCAGAUCUUCAGUGUGUGCCUCUAUAUGCUGGAUGAGUACUGGCAGUACUCGCUGUUCACGCUCGGAAUGAUCCUCAUGUUCGAGGGUGUCACUGUUAUGAGUCGUCUCAAGAACCUUCAGACAUUGCGUGGUAUGGGCAACAAAGCACGUGAGAUCUAUGUGUACCGCGAGAAGACGUGGAAGAAAUUGGACUCGGACCUGCUGGUGCCUGGUGAUGUCAUUUCAGUGAAGCGUGAGACGGACGGUGAUCAUGACAACAUGGUGCCAUGUGACUGUUUGUUGCUGGACGGCUCUGCUGUGCUGAACGAGGCUACGUUGACGGGCGAGAGUGUUCCACAGAUGAAGGAGGCUAUUGGCACGAAGAUGAGCCCCGAAGACCUUGCAGAGCAACUUGACAUGAAGUCUGGACACAAAGUGCACGUGCUGUUUGGCGGAACUACCGUGAUGCAGGCAGAUUCAUCAAGUGAAGGCUCUGGAACUACUUCGAUUCAGAAAAUUCCUCAUGCACCUGAUGAGGGCUGCACUGCGUACGUACUACGCACGGGUUUCAGCUCCUCGCAGGGUAAACUGGUGCGCAUGAUCGAGUUCUCGAGCGGCAAGGUCACGGGAAGUUCGUGGGAUGCUUAUGGUCUUGCGUUCUUGCUGCUAAUUUUCGCUUUGCUCUCGUCGGGCUAUGUGCUGCGCCACGGUAUUGCGCAGAAGGGAAAGAUCACGUUUGAGCUGCUUCUGCGUUGUGUGCUUAUUAUCACUAGUGUGAUUCCAGCUGAACUGCCGAUGCAGACAGCGAUGGCGGUGAACUCGGCUCUGCUGAACUUGGUGAAGUUGUCGAUCUUCUGUACCGAGCCGUUCCGUAUCUCGCUGGCUGGCAAGGUGGACAUUUGUCUGUUCGAUAAGACGGGCACGUUGACUACGGACCAGCUCACUGCCGUUGGUGUCGUGUGCGAGGACACCACGACGCCCACCCCUGCUGCUCCGAAAGACAAUGUCCUCGGUCAUGUACCGAUGAUUGCAGCUAACUUGGACGCUACGUUGGUCCUUGCUGGUUGCCAGUCGCUGGUACAGAUUGACGGUAAAAUGGUCGGUGAUCCGGUGGAAGAAGCUUCGAUUCGAGCCAUCGACUUCUCCUACGAUGCUGCAACUCGUCAUUGUCAGGCGAAGAAGGACCUCGAGCGUGCGAGCGAGCGUCGCUGGGGACAGGGAACCAACCAGAAGGAUGUGUUCGUGCAGAUCAUGCACCGCAACCAUUUUGCGUCCAAGCUGCAGCGAAUGAGUGUGAUUGCCAAGGUGCAUUUGGGCGACAAAGGAGUGCGUGUGCGAUCACUGGUGAAAGGAAGUCCAGAGGCUGUCGCGAAGCUGAUGCGUCCGGAGACCAUUCCGGCGUGGUUCUGGCCUACGUACCAAAACCUCGCACGUCGUGGAAUGCGUGUGCUUGCGCUCGCAUACAAGGACAUUAACGGUCGUCCGUCGGAGGCUGAAGUGGCUCAGCAGCCUCGCUCCUGGGCUGAAAGUGACUUGCAUUUCGCUGGUUUUGCGGUGUUCCAGUGUCUCGUUCGUAAGGAUAGCGGUGAUAUCCUGAAGGUGCUGAAGGACAGCUCGCACCAGGUUUCGAUGAUCACGGGAGACGCUACUCUGACGGCUGUGCACGUGUCCAAGGAGGUCGGCAUUAUCACUCGUCCAGCGUUGAUCCUAAGCGAGAGUUCGUCGCCUAGUGACCCUCUCAAAUGGACGAGCGCUGACGAUGACUCGGUGCUGGCGCCGUACAAAAGUGGUGACAUUAAGAUCCUGGUGAAGAAGUACGACCUGUGUGUGAACGGCAAGACUCUUGUUGCUGCCGGAGAAGUGGACGAUGUGAUCUGGAAGAACCUCAACCACAUUCGUGUGUACGCUCGCAUGACGCCGGAGCUUAAGGAGAAGGUGCUGACGUUACUAAAGACGCACGGUCACCACACCCUUAUGUGUGGUGACGGUGGUAACGAUGUGGGUGCCUUAAAGCAGGCACACAUUGGUGUGGCUCUGUUGGGCGGAUUCGGAUCAGCGAAUGCCGACAAGAGUGUGACUGGGUUGGCGAAGUACCAGAAGGGAAACGUGGCUACCGUCAGCACUCGGGAGGACCUAAUGAAGCUGCAUGUGUCGGCACUGAAGAAGCUUCUGGCGCAGCAGAAUGUGAAUACUGCGCAUUGCAAGGUGAAGCAGGACUAUGUGGAGCUCAUUCUGAGCGAGCAGAAGAAGAAAGCGAUCGAGACGAUCAAGAAGAAGCAGCAGGCAUUGGCUAAGAAGAACCCGAAGCUCAAGGUCCUCACUAAAGAAGAGCAGAUGGCUGAAAUGAAGAGGAAGCAGGAAGAACUCGAAGCCGACGUGCGUGCGCGCCAGGCUCGUGGUGAAUCGUUUGCGCGUAUGAAGGCUAUUGCUGCAUUUGCCAAGCGUGAGGCUGAAGAGAAGAAGAAACUGCAGAUGGAGCGCACCGGCUCCAAGGGCUUUGCGAACUUUGCCAACAACGCUGCUAUGGCGCAGUACAUGGACGACUUUGACGACGGCGAGGUGCCGAUGGUGAAGCUUGGAGAUGCGUCGAUCGCUUCGCCUUUCACUUCGCGUGCUCCAUCUAUCAAGGGCUGUGUCGACAUCAUUCGUCAGGGCCGCUGUGCGCUUGUGACGACAAUGCAAAUGUAUCAGAUCCUGGCUGUCAACUGUCUGAUCAGCUCGUAUUCGCUGUCUGUGCUGUAUCUCGACAAGGUCAAGUGGGCCAACUCGCAGAUGAUGGCGCUCGGUAUGAUCUCCACCGUUGCCAGUAUCACACUGAGUCGUGCCACUCCACUCGACAAGCUGUCUCCUGUGCGUCCGCUGACGUCCAUUUUCCAGCCAGCGCUGUUCGUCAGUCUUGCUGGUCAGUUCGCGCUGCACUUGGGCUGUAUGAUCUACCUCACGAACCUGGCGAAGGAAUACACACCGGAAGGUGACGUCGCGCACUCGAAGCCUGGUGAGUUCCAGCCGAACGUCAUGAGUACCGUUAUCUUCCUUAUCAACGGCGUGCAGACGGUGAGUGUGUGUGCUGUGAACUACAAGGGCCGACCGUUUAUGAAGCCCAUGACGGAGAACCCGGGUCUGUUGUACUCAUUGGGCAUCAGUAUCGUCGGCGUCUUCCUGCUCUGCACGGAGCGGAUGCCCAUGUUCAACAAGGUGCUGCAGAUUGUGCCCAUGCCGGACCCGCGCUUCACGCGUAUCCUCACUGGACUGCUUACUCUUGAAGUGCUUGGUGCCUUCGCAUGGGACCAGUUCUGUCUGCUCGUGUUUGCACCCAAGAUCUUCAUGGCUUCGAUGCGUGCUCUAACGUUCAAGGAUGUUCGUCAGCUCUUCAAGAUGACAGUCGUGUCGCUGAUCAUCAUCUACAUCCUGGCCAACAUCGACUACGAAGAAAUUGAGCGCCAGCAACAGCUUCUAGAGGAACAGCGUCUCGCCGCCGAGGAGAUCAGUAGCUAAAGAAAGAUACCCACGUUACGGCGUAAUGGGAAGCAAUUAGAAACAGCAUUUCUAUCUCUGAUCUCUAUUUCUUUGAUUAGAGGGUGCAAGAAUGCUGUAAACUCUAACGAGCCCGUAACUUACUGCUUGGCUGU